AUGUGGCUAAGAGUUGCUUUAGCGUUAUUGAUCAUUGAGAAAUGUGCAUCGAUUUCAAGUCCUAUUCAACCAAUGGCAAAUUUUAAAUAUUCAAUAGAACUUGAAGCUAAUAUAGCUGAUCUUUGGUGGACUGUUGAUGAUGUUCGAAAAGAAAUUAUAUUUGAUUUGCAUAUAAGAACUACGGGUUGGAUUUCUUUGGGUGGAGGAAUGACAGGUGCUGAUAUAGGAGUUGGAUGGGUUGAUAGUCGAGGGCAAGUUUAUUUUCAAGAUCGAUAUGCGUCUGGUUUCGUUCGACCAAUGAUUGAUAAUACAACAAACGAUUGGUCUGCGCUGCAAGGUCGAGAAUUGAACGGAUGGACAGCCAUUCAAUUCAAACGUUUGCUUGAUACAUGUGAUUCAAUGGAUUAUCCAAUUAAGAGUGGAACAAAUAUUUUGAUAUAUGCAUAUGGUCUUGUUGAUCCCGAUGGAUCUGAAAUAAACUAUCAUGAAAAUCAUCGAGGUACACGUAUGAUUCCACUUCAAUCUUAUGGUCAACCACCAUCGGAUGACAAAUUUGCUGAAUCCGAUUAUUUUGAACUUCGUUUAAGCAAUUAUGUUGUUCCAUCGAAUGAUACAACAUAUCAUUGUAAGGUUUACAAAGCACCAACAUCUUAUGCAACAAAACGACAUGCUAUUGCUUACAAAAUGUUGAUUGAUGAUGAAAAUUCCGAUCUCGUUCAUCAUUUACUUUUACAUGAAUGUAAUCCGUCAAUUAGUUUUGAUGACAACAAUCUUCCUGACGGAAUCUGUGAUGAAAUUAACGAUAAAAUCGAACCUUGUUCAACUAAUAUUGCUACUGGAUGGGCAAUUGGUGGUGAUCAUCUAAUUGAAUUUCCUGAACAAGCUGGGUAUCCAGUUGGUUUGAAUUCUCCAAAUAAAUAUUUUAUGGUUCAAAUGCAUUAUGAUAAUCCAAAACAAGCUUCAAACCGUCGUGAUAGUUCUGGAAUUCGAUUUUAUCUUGGUAAGCAACUUCGUCAACAUGAUAUUGGCUAUUUAACAGUUGGCACAGUUUCAACUCUUCUUGGUAUUGCUAUUCCACCAAAAUUUGAAAAAUUUAUAGUUGAUUCUUAUUGUCCAAGUGGUGCUACACGUAAUAUUCCAAAAUCGGGUAUAACAGUAUUAUCUUCUUUUCCACAUACUCAUUUACAAGGUGUUAGUGUAUGGACUAAGUUAAUUCGUAAUAAGACAGCUGUUGAAUAUUUAUUUAAUGCUGAAUCAUAUCAUUUUAAUUAUCAAUUUGAAAAUCGUUUGGCAAAAACAAUACAACUGUUUCCAGUAAAAAAAUUGAUUGAAUUUUUUUACGUUUUAUAUUUUGUUGUUCUUAAGGGAGAUGAAUUUGCUACUCGAUGUAUUUAUAAUACAAUGAACAAAAACGAAGUUACAUUGGGUGGAGAAAAAACAAGAGAUGAAAUGUGUUUAAAUUUUCUCACUUAUUAUCCUCGAAUGGAUGAUCUCACUGUAUGUUUCACGAUGAAUACAGUUCAAUCAUUACAAGAUAUCAUCAAUUCUUCAGCACCAUUUGAUUAUUUUGCUGCUCAAAAAUGGCUUCUCGAUUUGAAAUGGACACCAGAAUCGUCAAAACAAUGGCAAGAAUAUUACAAUAAAGCUCCACGUCUAUCAGUUUUUGCUCGAGCAGGACAAUUUGAGGCUGAACCUCUUGAUGCUAUACCGAAAUAUCAAGAUUUUGAACCAGUUCAGUGUCAAAAGUAA